CCCGGCAUUCUGACGUCAGACUUUAUGCGGGUAAUAAAAACAUGGCGGUAGGCAUGUUUUCGCGGAUUAUUCGGAUAGGGAUGUUACCUAAAUACCUUGUUUGAUCAAUAGAUAUUCUGUGAAAAAUUGAUCAUGUUACUGUCAAAGAACGUGACUAAGUAUGGCUACUUUAGAAUUAUAUCCCAUGACUCCGUAACAAAGAUUGUAAAUAAAUAUUUAACAGAAGAAAGAAAUGUACAAAGUAAACGAAACCUUGUAGGUUAUCUAGUAUUGCAGCCUAAUAAAUGUUUAAAUGAAAAAAGUGAUUUAAAAGGCAUAAAUCAUGGAUUAAUAGCACAUUUUAGUUCUAAUAGCGACAAGGGAUACUCUGCAGACACAGAGCUCACACCUGUACAAUUUGAAAAAGUUUCAGAUGAAACUCUUGAUUCGUUAACAGAAUACUUUGAUGAAUUGAUUGAGAAGGCAGCACAUUUAACAGAGGCAGAUGUGUCAUAUGGGGAUGGUGUAUUAACUAUUAAAUUUGGUAAAACGUAUGGUACUUAUGUUAUAAACCGUCAAACUCCAAAUAAACAGAUUUGGCUUUCUUCUCCUAAGUCUGGUCCAAAACGAUACGAUUUUGUAAAUGGGAAAUGGAUUUAUAAGCACGAUGGAAAGACAUUACACGAGUUACUUAACAGUGAAAUACCAGCAAUAGUAAUGAAUGCAACAUGUUUUGAGAAGUGCUCUUUUAGUGGAAAAGAGAAGGAAGCUAUAAUGGACACUCUUCAGUAAUUGUGUAAUUUUGUAAUUAUAAUUAAAGUAACUGAACCAAAAGACACAUUUAUAUGUGUACUCCAUUGAGCAUAUGAAAUCUCAGUAACUGUAUAUAAAUUAUAAUAUAUUACAUUGUAAUAGA